AUGACACUCUGCUUUAAGCCUGCUAUACAAGGUUUCUUGGAUGGAUGUAGAAAAAUUAUUGGAUUGGAUGCUUGUCAUUUAUAUGGGAAGUAUGGUGGGGUGUUAUUAGUGGCAACUGGUCUAGAUGGUCAGAAUGGUUUAGUUCAUCUUGGUAUAAUGGUGUACAUGAAUGAAACCAUUGAGAACUGGAAAAUAUUUCUCAAAUACUUUAAAGCUAUAUUGGAUGAAGACUUGCAUUUCACAUUUAUAUCAGACAAACAGAAGGGGAUUAGUGAAGCUUGUGAAUAUAAUUCUGCUUGGAUGAGCAAAGAUUAUGUUUCAGGUAAUACAUUUGAUGAAGAACUUCAAAAAGUAUUUCAAGUCAUUCGGCUUACAUACUCAUUUCUGGAAUGCUGCCAAGUGUUACAAGAAGAGACACUUUCAAGUAUGUGUUUCUCACAAACUCAACACAUGGAUAAAAUGGCAGCCAAGGAUGAACAAGCUGCAAGUUAUCUCAUUGAUGAAAGACCUGAAACCUGGUCUAGGUCUCAUUUUUCAAAUGAUAUCAAGUGUGAGCACAUCAACAAUAAUUUUUCAGAAUCUUUCAAUAACAUGAUUAAGAAGAUAAGGGAUAAGCCCAUCAUUACACUGGGACAAAUGUAUGCUAAAAUGGUGAUGGGUCUUUUCUUCAAGAGAAGGAAUGAAUGUGAAAAAUGGCAAGAUGGUCAGUUAGUUCCAAAGGAAAUGAAGCUGAUUUCAAAGAUGGUGGACUUAACUCAUAUAUUUGAGUUAGCUGGUGUUGUAAGAGGAAUGGUGUAUGAAGUUGUUAGUGUCCAUGAGGUUGUUUUCACUGUGGAUCUUCCCAACUAUUGUGACCCUGUGUACAGUGUGGAUUAUUACAGAACGACAUACGCUCUAGAGUUUGAACCAUUUUCAGCGGAAAUUGACUGGAACAUAUUGGUAGAACUCAUUAAUCCUCCUGUUAUCAUAAGGAAAACUGGAAGACCAUGGAAGAAAAGAAUUCCUUAUUAUGAUGAAGCUCACCAUGUGAAGAAAAUGAGGAAAUGUAAGAAGUGUGGAGUUUCAGGUCACUAUCAAAAAACCUGUGCUGGUGGAUAG